UAUGACACCACCUAACCCCUGGCUCUCUGACAUUCUUCGUGAACAUUGGACCGACCUAAGGGUGGCUGAGAGGAGAUGAUGGAAAUCUAAAGAUCCUGCAGUCCUGAUUCCUCAAUCAGCAGUGCAUGGGUGAAAAGAUCUAGAAUGUUCUACCAGAACCACAGUCCAGGUGUUGUCAGAACAGUUAAUGGGACGGAGUGUAACAGGAAUGGAUCUUGUACAGGGAGCAUGGAGAGGUCACUCAAGGUCACCCUGCUUGGCUACAAGGUUAUGGAAGAGAUGACGAAGUUCACAGUGUACAAGAUCUUAGUGACUCGCAUGCAAGACGAGAGCUGGGUCAUUUUUAGACGAUACACAGACUUCUCACAACUACAUGACAAGCUGAAGGAGACGUUUCCUGUGUUUAACUUUGUCCUGCCACCCAAGCGUUGGUUCAAGAACUUUAGCACAGAAUUCCUGGAGGAGAGACAACAAGGCCUACAAGACUUUCUACAGAACCUGGUUGUCAAUAAAGAUGUUAAUAAUAGUAAAGCAGUCAGAGAGUUUUUAUGUCUGGAUGACCCACCCACUACUUCCUUUGACAGUCUUGAGGAGAAAAAGCAGGCCUUCUGUGGGACCCUGGAAGAGAACACCUGUUGCCUAGAGAGAAAAUUAAUGGACAACAAGAGUGAGACUGAGUCUCUGAGAAACAUCCUGGUGGACAAAGAACUCCAAAUUAGCAAGCCUGAGAGAACAAAGAAUUCUGAACUGCAGUUCAUGAGGAGUCAUGGAGCAUGCUGGUGUGGAUCAGCAACUGACAUCCUAUGUACAAACAUUCAGAGCGAAAGAUCUGGAAGUCCAUUCCAAGACCUUCAUCAAAACAAGAGGGGAAAACAGUAAAUUUUUAACCACUUUAAAUAAAUAAAUACAAUAAAAAAUAAAAAAUAUAAUUGAAAUGACAGAAAUGAUUAUGAAAAGUUAGAGAUGAAAACAAAAAGCAGAGCACUUUCUUCAAAACGCCUUGUUUUAUUUAGUUCUUGCCUUCAAUACAAACAGAAAGCCUGUUUUGUGGUUGCAAGAUUAACCAAAACCAAACAAUUUUUGGUGCCAAAAAAUGAUUUGUAGCACAUUAGAAUUUUAAUGACUUUCAACUGAAAGAUGUUUAAUAAAGUGAGUGCAUAUGUGCUUUGACGUGUUUCUAUGUCAAAACCACGCAAAAAGAGGUGCCAAAGAGGUGACUUGUUUAGGUUUUACCCGUCACCCGUCGUGGUUCUAUGUAAUCUUGUGUUUCUUCUGAGUGCAUGUCAAACUGAGUGUACAAUGUCUGUUCAUUGUUAUGUGUGUGUACAUUUCUGACCAUGAUUUUGGAUUACGUUCAGUAUGGACACAU